CUUGCAGAUGUCGAAGCCGAAAAGCAGGAGAUAUCUAAUCAACGGGAGAACAAUAAUUCUGUGUACGCCGCCGAGAAAUCCCCGGAUAAGCGAACGAACGGCGGAGUCGAGGUGAACAAUGCGGCCGUCGUAAAUUCGCCGGAUCUCAGCCCGGUGAAGAACACGGUGCGAAACGGAGAAGCGGAGGAGACGGAAGUUAGGAAGACGAAGAGAUGGCCAACCGACAAGGCCUACUACAUAGCCAAAGAGCUGCUCAUGACAGAACGAACGUACAAAAAAGACUUGGACGUGAUUAACGUGUGGUUCCGGGAAGAAGUGUCGAGGGAAGCGGAGUUAGAAGGGGACGCCGUGGUCUCUCUGAUCGAGCUGCUCGCCGACGUGCACGGCCCGUGUCUCCAGGAAAUGGAAGCGAGACUGGCACGUUGGGAGGGCAAUGCCCGUCACAACAUCGGCGACUUUUUGUACAAUACGCUGCUGAACGUCUUGCCUCUCUACGACCAAUACCUGGAGAAUCUAAUACCGGUACUAGAGAAGAUGGAAUACUCCACGCGGAUGUCGCGACGCUUCGACCAGCUCUGCCGAGACUUCGAGUCGCAGAAGCACUGUUACCUGCCAUUAACUUCAUUCCUAUUGAAACCCCUGCAACGAUUAUUGCAUUACAACAGUAUUAUCGACAGAUUAUUGGAUCAUUAUCCGAAAGAUCACACCGACUUCGAGGAUUGUCUGGCAGCGAGAGACAGACUCGGCGAGACGUUGCUCGAGGGGUUGACGGUUAUCAAUCAAGCGCAAAAUCUGGUACAAUUGUGUGAGAUGCAAAGAGACAUUACUGGUUUCGACAAUCUGGUGCAAGAGGGCCGAAGAUUUAUCAGACAGGGAUGCCUGCAGAAGUACAGCCGUAAAGGCUUCCAACAACGUAUGUUCUUCUUGUUCUCAGACGUGUUACUGUAUACAUUCCGUACUCAACAACCAACGCAAUGCUUCCGUGUGCAUGGCCAACUUCCAUUGAAAGGGAUGAAAAUUCAGGACGCGGAUAACAAGACUGGAACGGAUUUUGCAUUCAUCAUCGACGGACAAGGAAAUCAAUCUCUAACGGUUGCAGCGAGCAACGAAGAAGAGAAAGAGAGGUGGAUAGAAGACUUGAACAUGGCUAUAGCGCAAAUUGACGCAUCGGACGCGAAGAUGCCGUAUUUAAGUUUAAAGUCUUGCAUUCUAGGCUCGGCUGACGAGGUGGGAGAUGGUGUAGGGCUCGAGGUGGAUCGGACUAGUUGCGGAGGUGCGAAGGCCUCGCAACGUAGCAACACCACGGUUCAUGUUUGUUGGCAUCGUAAUACAAGCAUUAGUUACAGUGAUCAACUGCGUGCGUUUCAAAACCAGCUUAGUGGAUUUCUUUUGCGGAAAUUCAAGAACAGCAACGGUUGGCAAAAGCUUUGGGUGGUAUUCACCAACUUCUGCCUGUUUUUCUACAAGUCCCAUCAAGAUGACUUCCCAUUGGCUAGUUUGCCAUUAUUAGGAUACACUGUGUCCACCCCGUCAGAAAAAGACGGUAUUAAUAAGGACUUCGUCUUCAAGCUGCAAUUCAAAAGUCAUGUGUAUUUCUUCCGAGCAGAAAGCGACUACACUUUUGGAAGGUGGAUUGAAGUCAUCCGAAGUGCAACUCAGCAGAAUCAUAUGCCCGUUAGCAUGAAUGGAAAAGAAGAAUAUUAGAAUUCGAUCUUUUCUUUUUUUUUUGCAUACAUAAUCGUUAAGAAUCAAACAAUUUAUUAGGGUAUCAUUCUACAAGGAAUGACCUUGAGAUUAUAUGUAACGUGAAAGUCUAAAUAUAUUUGGCCUUAUACAAUUAUUAAAAUCAAAAAUCAUAAUUGACUUUUUGGCUCUGCCAGAGAAUUUCUCAACUUUGCAAGCAGUUAAUUCUAGAGCCAACAAAGAGUUAUAACAAAGAGAGUAGUAUAGGAAAUUAUUAGAAACAGAAAUAUGAAACAAAAAAUGAUAUGUACAGAUCGUAGGAUUUUUGAUAUGUGAUUUUAAUGCUUUGAUAUAAAUUUAAUAAAUGAUGUUCAAAACUUUCAAACGAGUAAUUAGAAUCUCGAUAUUAUGUCACAAAUUUAUGGAAAUAUAUAUAUAUAUAUAUAUAUUGAAAAAAUUAUAUAUAUAUAAAUAUAAAAAUAUGUACAUAUAUAAUAUUUACACAUAUACUUAUCGUAUUUGUUUAAAGAAGUUUUGUAACGUAGUUUUUUUUUAUGUCUACUUUACAUUGAGCGAUAAUUGUGCAAGCAAAUCAAUUGUGGUUAUACAAUAUUAUGCAAUAUAUUUUUGCUCAAUAUUUCUUUUUGACAGACAUUUCUUUUUGCACGACUCACGUACUGUACACGAUUGAUAUAUCCUUGUUGUAUUAUAUACAAAAGAGUUAUUAUUAAAUGCGCGAUUAUUACUCAGCGUAAAACAGAUAUAACGUAACGUUAUAAUUGCAUUUAAUUGCAUAUAUUCACAUUAGUAAUAUAUUUUUAAAACACAUUCUGUAAACAAAGACACAGUCACAAGAAAUUAUACAAUUAGUAUUAAUAUUGGACCAAUUUUUUAACGAAAUUUGCUUAACGAUUGAUACUUUUAAUAAGACAAUAAUUUUAACAUUUUCUCUUUUGUACGAUUUAAUUUGUAUUGGUGAAACGCAUAACGUGAGAGAGUGAUUGUAUCGUAAGCUGUAGUCAUAAGAGAAUGCUUAUAACUUUGCCACUUUUAAGUAAAUGGUGCCAUUACAUGACGCAGUGUUCGCUAAGACUUGAAGAAAUUCUUUAACAAUAAAUGGCACAAUAUACGCUAUAUCAUAGUAUGUUAUUACUGUCUCCAUCGCGCGUUUGUUUAAAUAACGAAAUUUGUAAUCCUAUUCAUAAACCCGCCUAAGGAGUGAAUCAAAGAGAUAAAUAAUUAUUAAAUUAUUAAGUCUGUUUAAUUAUCAACUCAGACAAUGCAAACGUCCGGAGAACGUCGUGAUAAUGUAUCGGUUUACUUGAACGAUUUUUUAAAAAUGUUAACAAGCACUUAAUAUAAAAAGAGACGUUUUUUGGACCUCUGUGUUGUUUGGAGAAAUUGUUUGCGUAACUUAGAUUAUACAAUUAAUAUAUAACGUCAAAGAGAAAAACUAGUUGUAUACAUUUUUUCGGUUGCGAAUCGGUGCGUACGUAGAGACGGAAAAUUGCACGGACACAUAGUGGUAUAAAGGCGUAUCUAUAUAGAGAUUCGUCUAGAUUAUCGAUUGGUCCUCAGAGUGACUUCGGCUUUGGCUCAUGAGAGCCUAUUAGUGUGACGUACGAUGCUUUCUGAACGUUUGAGAAGGCUUGACAGAUAGUAACAUUGUUAUAAUAUUAUGAGAAGCCCGGCGAUAUAACAACUGGUGACAUCGUAAAUAUGAUACACAGUCACACUUCAUAUUAUUUAAAUAAAAAUUAGACAAACGUAAGUUAAAACAUAUCUGUUAAAACAUAUCUCUGCCAUAUUUUAUAAUAUCUACUAUCUCAUGGAGUCUUUACGCAACAUUGAUUUUUUCCUUGUAGGAAAUUUUCAAUAUCGACAAACGACUUCUCAAGUCUCCAUCAAUUCCAAUGUCGAAAUAGCCUAUCUAUUCCAAGUAUAGAUCUUCUAGCGGUGAACUGACACUGUAUAUGUUUCCAAUAUAUUCUUCCUAAGUUGUAUCCUACGACUAAGAUAACGAAAUGAAUGUAACGUCAUUUUAUUAAUUAUGUACUAUCGUCACCAUAUUUUGCCGCAAUAAACAUCUAUGGAUAUGA